AUGGAGCUCAUCCGGGAUACGUCCCGCCCCCCGCUGGAAUACGUGAAAGGGGUCCCACUCAUCAAGUACUUUGCAGAGGCGAUGGGGCCACUGCAGAGCUUUGAGGCCUAGCCGGACGACCUGCUCAUCAGCACCUACCCCAAGUCCGGCACCACCUGGGAGCUGGACAUGAUCUACCAGGGCGGUGACCAGCAGAAGUGUUCCCGGGCCCUCAUCUACAUCCGGGUGCCCUUCUUAGAAUUCAAAGCCCCCGGGACCCCCUCAGGUAUGGAGACUCUCAAAGAAACCCCGGCCCCACGGAUCCUCAAGACGCACCUGCCACUGGCCCUGCUCCCCCAGACUCUGCUGGAUCAGAAGGUCAAGGCUGUCCCUGUACACCCCUUCCCCUCUCCUUACCUCGCACAUAACACAAAGGAUGUGGCUGUCUCCUACUACAACUUUUAUAAUAUGGCCAAAGUGCACCCUCAUCCCGGAACCUGGGACAACUUCCUGGAGAAGUUCAUGUCUGGGGAUGUGUCCUAUGGCUCCUGGUACCAGCACGUGUGGGAGUGGUGGGAGCUGCACCACACCCACCCUUUGCUCUACCUCUUCUAUGAGGACGUGAAAAAGAACCCCAAGGAGAUCAGGAAGAUCCUGGAGUUUGUGGGGCGCUCCCUGCCAGAGGAGGCUGUGGACCACAUCGUCAAGUGCACAUCCUUCAAGGAGAUGAAGGCCAACCCCAUGACCAACUACAGCACGCUGCCCUCCAGCAUCAUGGACCACAGCGUCUCCCCCUUCAUGAGGAAAGGUGUGGCGGGGGACUGGAAGACCACCUUCACUGUGGCCCAAAGCGAGCACUUCGAGGCCCACUACGCCCACAAGAUGGCUGACUGUGACCUCCCCUUCUGCUCAGAGCUGUGA